GCCCUCACCCCUGCGGGUGCUGCCCACACUCUCCGGUACCCGCACCCUGCCCGUGCCCCAGCCGGUACCCCUGCCUGCACCCGCGCCCGCCCUGCCCUGCCCGCAUCCCCGCUCACUGCCCGCACCCCUGCCCUGCCCUUCCCACAUCCCCCUCGGUUCCCGCAGCCCUGCCUUGCCCUGCCCGCAGCCCUGCCUUGCCCUGCCCUCAGCCCCGUCUCCGACCGCCUCCGAGCUGCCCAUGUCCCUCCCGCGCUCCCGCACCCGAUGGGUGAGCGACUUCUUCUCCUACGAGACCACCAAGUCGGUGGUGGUGAAGAGCUGGGUGGUGGGCGUCGUCAACCGCGGCGUCCAGCUCCUCAUCCUCGCCUACUUCGUCGGCUGGGUGUUCCUCCAUGAGAAAGCGUACCAGGUGCGGGACACUGCCAUCGAGUCCUCCGUGGUCACCAAGGUGAAGGGCGUGGGGCGCUACGCGGGGCAGGUGAUGGACACGGCAGACUACGUCACGCCCCCCCAGGGCACCUCGGUGUUCGUGGUGGUCACCAAGCAGAUCCGGACCGAGGACCAGGCGCAGGGCGUGUGCCCGGAGAGCGAAGCCGCGUUCCACUGCUCGGCGGACCGGGACUGCCGGGAGCUGAGCCCGAGCACGAGCAACGGGCUGCUGACAGGACGCUGCGUCCCCUACAACACAACCCUGCGCACCUGCGAGAUCCAGGGCUGGUGCCCGCCCGAGGUGGACACCGUUGACGUCCCCGUCAUGCUGGAAGCUGAGAACUUCACUCUCCUCAUCAAGAACAGCAUCCGCUUCCCGCUCUUUGGCUUCGAGAAGACCAACCUGCCACCCCCAGGCAGUGGGGUGGAGCUGGGCCGGUGUCGCUUCCACCCACAGCUGCAGCCCCUGUGCCCCAUCCUGCGCCUGGGGGACAUGGCACGUCUGGCUGGGCAGGACUUCCCUGCGCUGGCUGCCACUGGUGGGGUGCUGGGGAUCAAGAUCGGGUGGGUGUGUGACCUGGACCGGGCCUGGGAGCGCUGCCUGCCCCGCUACUCCUUCACCCGCCUGGACAGCCUGCCCCGGACCCCUGCCCCUGGAUACAACUUCAGGUAUGCCAGGUACUACCGCUGGCCCGACGGCUCUGAGCGCCGCACCCUCAUCAAGGCCUUUGGGAUCCGCUUUGAUGUCCUGGUGUAUGGCAGCGCCGGGAAGUUCAGCAUCGUCCCCACCCUCAUCAACACGGUGGCUGCUUUCACCUCCAUCGGUGUGGGCACGGUGCUGUGUGACAUCAUCCUGCUCAACUUCCUCAAGGGUGCUGAGCACUACAAGGCCCGCAAGUUCGAGGAGGUGUCAGAGGCUGGCGUGCCCGCCAUCCCCUCAGCGUGUCCCCCCGGGGCGCUGGGGACCUGCUCCCGGGACAAGCAAUCCACCGACUCGGGCACCUUUUCCCUCGGCCUCUAGCCCCGGGGGCAUGGGGCAGUCCCGCCUGUCCACCACGCUGUGGGGCAGCCCACGGCCUGGUGAGGGGCUGGCCGGGACCCCCGUCGGGCUCCUAUUGCCCACCCAGUCACUAGUGCUCCCCCUGUGAGCCCCAUCAGCAUCUGAGUGUCCCCAGUGCCACCCCCCAGGGUUGUCCCAGUAUAUCCCAGUGUCCCUAGUGUCCAUACGAAGUGCCCCAGCCCUGUCCCUUGCCCCCAGGGUGUCCCUCAAACAGCAUCUCCCUGUCCUUGCCACCCCAUGCCCCCCAAUAAACCCGUGGCUCGCAGCA